AGAGCGAAUUUUCUCUCGGGACGAAAAAAUGACCGGCAAACCGGACCAGGACGAUUUAAUACUCGAAGAGUUUAUGCAAGCGAACGCCCAGGGCACUAAAAAGAAGAGCAAGUCCAAGAAAAAGGCAGUUGAAGAGGAUGACGACGCCCUGCUGCAGCUAGAGUCGGUUGUUCUCAAGCCAACGAACCCAUUGCUGGAUAAUCCAACCGAUCCUGAGCCUAUAAGGCUGGUAGGAGAGUGGAAGGAGCCGGUAGAUUGGAGUAAAUCGGUAGUUUCACAGUUCAAGGGAAAAAAGUACCCGGAAGGUGAAGUUUGCGAGUACUAUGGCUCUGGAGCGUCGCGAGUGUCUGCAGAAGAAAAGAGGCACCUGGAGAAAAUCUCCAGCGACCGCUACAACGACAUGAGAAAAGCUGCUGAAGUCCACCGUCAAGUUCGCAGGUACAUUCAGUCGGUUAUUAAGCCAGGCGUCAGAUGCUUGGAUCUGGUGAAUGCAGUAGAGACCAAGACAAAGGAACUCAUUGAAGCUGAUGGGCUCAAGGCCGGUUGGGGAUUCCCUACUGGCUGUUCGCUCAAUGAUUGCGCUGCACAUUAUACCCCAAACUAUGGCGAUGAGACUAUCUUGCGUAAAGGGGAUAUUUGCAAGCUGGAUUUUGGAACGCACGUAAAUGGCUACAUUAUAGAUAGCGCAUUUACUAUCGCAUUUGAUGAGCAGUAUGAUGAACUCAUCAAGGCCACUCAAGAGGGCACCAAUGUAGGCGUAAAGCUGGCUGGUAUUGACGCCAGGGUGGCUGAGAUUGGUGAGGCUAUUCAAGAGGCUAUAGAGAGCCAUGAAGUUGUCAUUAAUGGGAGAACAUAUCCCGUCAAGGCUAUAAGGAACCUUACAGGACACAGUAUUGGGGCAUAUCAUAUUCAUUCUGGUAAAUCGGUUCCAAUUGUGGCAAACAGUGGUUGCAACGAUAUUAUGGAGGAGGGAGAUGUUUUCGCCAUUGAGACAUUCGCUUCCACUGGGCAAGGAUACGUCUGGGAAAAAAUGGAGUGUUCACAUUAUAUGAAGGACUUUUACGCAAAUUUUGCUCCUCUAAGGCUGAAAAGUGCCAGGGAACUCCUAAAGGUCAUCAAUACCAACUUUGGGACCCUUCCCUUUUGUAAGAGAUGGUUGGAUGACUUGACAAACUCCAAGGGGACUGUAAUGCUCAAGAAUCUUGUAGAGGCAGGAAUUGUUGUUCCAUAUCCACCUCUCUGUGAUGUCAAGGACAGUUUUACUUCGCAGAUGGAGCAUACAAUCCUUCUAAGACCAACCUGCAAGGAAGUACUCUCCAGAGGAGAUGAUUAUUAA